AUGAAAUGGAAGAUCGUAUACAGCAGUAUGUCCACGGGACAAUCGAUCUUUUUUACUGUUUUUCACGUAAGAUUACAAUUCGUUUCUUACAAUAUUUGCCCACGGAGCUGUUGUUGUACAUUGGAUAUGUUAAUAAAAUGAAUUUGACAACAAAUUAUGAUUAGAUACUUGCACACGCAAUUAAAAAAAUUGGACACGAACGAAUCUGACUGCGAAAGUACUUUAUCUAGCACGGAAGAUGGCGUUCCAAUUCGGAAGUUAUUUAUUGGGAAUUUAGCACAAAGAACAACCUAUAUAGAUCUGUUUUCUGUAUUUUCUAAGUAUGGCAAAGUUGAUAGUUGUUACCUCAAGAGAAACUCAAAGAACAAUUUUGCUUUUGUUACGUUUAGCAAUGUCACAGAUGCCUUGAAAGCUAGGAACGAAGGCAAGAAAAUGGAUAUUUAUCUGCAUAAUCGACUUUUAAGAGUUAUGCCUGCAGAUUCGUGGCAUCAGCCAGACAGUUUUGAAAAUAGAAAAAAAAUGAACUUAAUACAAAAUAAAAUAGAAAAGAAAAGUGAAUCCGAAGAGGAAAUGUCUUCUAAACGUAGUACAAAUUACAGUAUUUUGAAUUCAGAUAGCAAUAACGGAGAUCCUGAAUGUAAUACUACAAAUGAUACACUGAUUCAUAUGUUAAAUGAUCAUUGUUUGAUUUACAUUUUCUUAUUUCUUCCAAUUACAGAUAGAAUCAGAGUAGAAAGAGUGUGUAAACGGUGGCAAGCAGUGAGCCAAGAGUCCUGGCGAACAGUAAGAAGACUAAAUCUGUCCCUUACAACUUGGGGAUAUGUUAAACAAAAUCAGCAGCAAAGCAAACCAAAAAUCAGCUUGAUGGUCUUACGAAACAUCUUGCUGCGUUGUGGAAACUUUUUAAAUCAUAUAGACUUAUCACAAAAUACUUAUACAUUAAAACAAAGUUCUCUAAUAACUAUUGGGAAACUUUGUCCACAUCUUCAUACCAUCGAUGUCACUGGUUUUAGGGUAACACCUUUUGGUAUAAACUCAUUGGCAUUAAAUUGCUAUAAUAUUGUCGAAUUUAAUCUAGGCUCAUGCAUUUCUUCAUGCGAUCGUGAUUUAACGAAACUCUUUACCAACAACAAACAAAUACGAUCUAUAAAAAUAGUCAAAAACACGCAAAUCUUGGGAAAAUGCUUGAUAUAUCUUCCAGCUGAAACAAUGCAGGAAAUUAUAUUAGAUAAUUGUAUUGCAAUUGAUUCUUGCUACUUUGUUAGAGCCAUCGCAAAAUUAAGGAAAUUGACUUCCAUAACAUUAAUUAAGUGUAUUACUCUUGAGGAUAAUGAUCUGUUUGCAAUUGGGAUUUACUCAGAAAAUCUUGUAAAACUCAAAUUAUGUGGUCUUUAUCCGAUGAUGACAGCACACUCAUUGCAACAUAUAACAAGGCUAUCCGAACUUAAAUUAUUACAUCUUACGGAAAAUCCAACAGUAGAAGAUGACUUUUUGCAAUUGUUGGUAAAGCACUGCAUACAUCUUACCGAUGUAGAUAUUGCUGGUUGUACAGCUGUAACGAAUGAAGGCAUGUUACACUUGGCAUCGCUGCCUAAUCUAGAAUAUUUGGUAAUUAGUUAUUUAGACAAAAUUACAGGGAAACAUUUAGGAGAAAUGCACAAGGUGAAAACAUUAGAAUGCCGUGGAUGCUCAAUGUUAAUGGACCAAGAAAUCACGAGCUUGGUGCAGUUUUGUCCUUAUAUGGAGUUACUGGACCUUUCAGAUUGCAUUCUAAUUAGUAGUAGAACUCAUGAAGCUGCUGUAAAGGCAACAAAAGUACGCACAAGCAAUAAAGUCCUCAAGAUGAUUGUCGGAGGAACAUCAAUACCUAAAUACUCCACGUUCGAAGUGUCACCGUUUCUACAAAUUGUUCACGUUAACCUUUCUAAACUACAUCUUACACCUAUGUAUCAUCACAGUGAAUCUAUGGCGUUUCAAAAAGAAAGAAGUGAUGCCGACGAAGACAGCGGUACUGACUUAGAUUUGUUUGUGGAUUAGAUUCUGUUGGUGGCAAUGAGGAACUGUAGUUUUCUGAUUUUGCAGAGAGAACACAACCCUCCUUAAAGACAUAAACAUUACAUGUAACUAAUUUCUACAACUAAAUUCGUGAAUGCUGAAUGUACAAGUUAAACGCUUAUGUGCGAGAAAAGAACAAAAAACUGAUACUAAUGCUUUACUGAUUAUAUUUAUACUAAAUAGAUCAUUCGUAGUGUCA